CGGGUCACCAGGCAUCAAGUCAUUUGGCUCGACAGCGAGCACCGCGUUCAUCUGGCAAGGCAGUGGGCUCCGAGUCAACAGGCACGACAGUGGGCACCGGGUCAUCAGGUACCGGAUUGUUCUGGCUCGACAGCGGGCAUCGGGUCACCAGGUAUGACAGCGGGCACUGGGUCACCAGGCAUCAGGUCAUUUGGCACGACAGUGGGCACCGCGUCAUCUGGCAAGGCAGUGGGCUCCGAGUCAACUGGUAUGACCGCGGGCACUGGGUCAGACAUUGGAUCGUCUGACAGGACAGCGGGCAUCGGGUCACCAGGCAUCAGGUCAUUUGGCUCGACAGCGGGCACCCGCGUCAUCUGGCAAGGCAGUGGGCUCCGAGUCAACAGGCACGACAGUGGGCACCGGGUCACCAGGCAUUGGAUCGUCUGGCUCGACAGCGGGCAUCGAGUCACCAGGCAUCAGGUCAUGUGGCUCGCCAGCGGGCACCGCGUCAUCUGGCAAGGCAGUGGGCACCGAGUCACCAGGUACGACAGCGGGCUCUGAGUCAAUUGGCACGAUAGCGGGCACCGGAUCAGGUACCGGAUCAUCUGGAUCAACAGCGGGCUACGAGUCAACUGGC